AUAUUUAAAAUGCUACGAUUUGGACUACUUAAGUUCCUCAAACUUUGAGAAUCAAAUUAUGCGUAAUUUCUCGAGUGUGUUUGUAAGCUAUUAGGCGCCUGAAUCACAGGACGUUAUGAAUUCCUUAAGGAAAAAGGUUGGAAACUUCAUUGCUGGUAAUGAUACCAGCCAGACUCAACAGACAGACCAACAAGCAAAGGGAAAACAUACUCCUCUUCCUGAAGAUCAAUAUGUAUUUCCUGGAAUAAGAUACACCCUCCACUUUGUUACCAUUGAUGUCACAACAAUUGGUCAAACCACAUUUGGCCUUGUCACUGGAAAGACAAGUGUUUCUUCUGAUGUGACAAGUAAGUAUGCCAAGCUUGGUGAACCUUAUCAGCAAGGAUUUAUUCUUGAAACAUUUAAGGCAGUGCCAGGAAUUGGGAAGAUUGGUUGGAAUGCAAGUGAAACUCCAUAUCAAGGAGUCUUCUCAAGGCCGAUGGGUGCUCCAGUUUACCACUCAUGGCAACUGUUGGUGGUAAAGUCAAGCAUCCAGACAGUGGAACGAGCAGGACUGUUGGAUCAGCUCUCGGGUCGUGGUAAUGAUGUCACUAACCAGUCAGGAAUUAUUUCAGUGAUUGCUCAAUAUUGCAGGCAAGGUGGGCGUUUAGCAAGUGUUGAACUAACUGGACAGAAAGAAAGUCAGGGAGUGUUAGCAAAAGUUGGUGGUAAAAGUGAAGUUUCAGUGUUUGGCUGUGAUGUGUUCUUCAACAUGCCAUUGCACCAGAACCCUACACUGUACACAUACCAGCUUGUUAAUGUUCCUGUUCAAAUAAUGUACUUGGGUCCUGGAAAGCUUGUCAAAGUCACUUGUGACUGGAUGGCACACUUUACUCAACAUUUACAAAAGGGAUGGAAACUGGUGGAUAUCUUUUGGGAUCAGGGAAAAAGAAGUCAUGGAGACUUUUCCCUCUCUGGAGAUCACAAUUCAGUGUGGUUUUUUGAAAGAGAGUGUAAAAAAAUGACAGACCUCUAUCCAGUUUACCAAGGCACCAUUAUUGAGUACCAGCACACAGUAAAGCUGGGCUUUUUUGAGACCAAAGCCAAAGGAGAUUGGACACCAAUGAUAACAGAAAUGGGCAACAGAGGCUGGGAGCUAGCAUGCAUGUUAGAGACUCCAGAGGUUACAAAAAUAGGCCUUGGAAACAUGACAUUCAAAGUGUUAUUUUUCUUUCAAAGACGUUUGGUGCAACCCACACCACAUGGGGGCUACCCCACAGCUAUUCCGCAGGGAAUUCCUGGUCCCUAUAGGCCUCCUCAGGCCCCUCAUGUUCCACCCCCUGGGGCACAGUACCCUAUGACUGGGCAGGCAGCAGGGUACUACCCUCCUCAGGGGCAAGGUGCUUAUCCUCCAACAGGAGGAUACCCAAACUAUGCACCUCCACCCUACAGUGCAGCACCUGAACCAAGUGCUCCCCCCCUGCCCGAGAAACAGUGAAUGUCAUCAUUUAUAUCUGUUUAGAAGACCUAAUUUCAAAUGUAAUUUUUUAUGCUGUGAGCUGCAUACUAUUAUUCGUACUACGAUCUCAAGCAUUAGCAUUCAUAUAUAUAUAUCUAUAUAUAUAAAUUUGACAUAAUUAGGAAUUUUUUAAAUUAAAAUUUAUUUAAAGUUAUUAUAUGAAUAUAGCUAACUCUGAGCAGAGGCUUCUAGAGUGUGAAACUCCACUCAUGUAAUGAGGAAAGGAGUUGGUUUGAAAGUGGCCUGUUGUUCUCUUAGUUUAAACAUUGGCAUUUUGUAAAACUAUAGCCAAGUAGUUCAAAACUCAUUGGCACUCAUUGUUGGUUUACUUUAUACAAAACUUGUACAUCAACAUUUCUUACCUUUGUGUCUGGAUUUCUAUCAGCUCUUCACAAGUCUUUUCAAUGUGACAGUCACAAAUAACAUUGAAAGGUUGUAGAAAUGAUUGUAUGACUGUUAAAGUUUGUGCAGGUAAAGAGGUCUGAAAAAAAUUCAGGCUUUAACAGAGUUAAACCUGUGCUCUGGUCAGAUACUGGUCAUACAGUACUACCUACUGAGCUGUGAAGCCACAUAUUGGGAGCAUGGUAAAUUUAUGUGAUAUAUCUUGUCACAAUUUUGCAUUCAUCAUAAAUGAAUGUGAAAAAUGAAAUAUCGAAUUCUAGUAUAUACUACACAGGUGGAUAAUACUUUCCACAUACACAGAUUGGCUAGAGAAGAAGUAAAGAGUAAGUAUAAAGUGAGCAGUGAUGAGUUUAACUUCCAUUUUUUUGGGGGGUUUAACAUUCAAGUGAUUGUCAGUAAGUUUUCCAAUUCAAAUAUUAAGAAACAGUGUUUCCUAAUUUAGGAAACACACAGAAUGGACUUGUCUUUGAUGGACCAAGCAUGCUUCAAUUCAAUCUUAAUUUUAUAUAUUAAAAUGUGCACUUUUUACAUUGCCCAUUCCACAAUUGUUGUCAAUGAGUUUUAUAUGCCUUAAUUUGUUUAUGCAAGGCAUUAUCAUAAAAAAGUUCUGCACUGUUUGUUUUUUG